CAGAAAUCUCCCCACAUGAGUCCACGCCGCCUGUCAGACAUCAGCCCCCAACUCAGACAGCUCAAGUCUCUCGUUGUCGACGAAGAAAUAAAGGAAGAAGUGAAGAGUUCCCGGUCUGUGGAAGACAUCAGUAAUGCAUCCAUCGAGGAGCGCAUCCUCAGGAUCACCGGCUACUACGGGUACCAGCCAUGGAGCACAGCUAACAGAGCCGUGGAGCAGCCAGGCAGGGAGAAGGUUGACGGCCAUGCUGGAGCAGGCGGGGUGAACUCAGAGGGCAUGAGCAGGAGGCAGAGACUGCACUGCUGUCUGCACGUAACUGCAGUCCAUCUGCGACGGGCACUUUGGGGCGUCAUCAUGGUCCUCUGCAUCUGCGGGUCCUGGUCCGGCUCCACCCAAUUGGCCAAACUCACAGUGAGACAGCUCAACAUUCCCUUCACCCUCACCUGGUUCUGCACCUCCUGGAACUGCAUCGUAUUCCCACUCUACUACCUGGGUCACCUGUGCUGCAGCAAGAACCGGCAGACCCCUCGGCAGCGGUUCAGGGAGUGCUGUCAGUUCCUGGGAGAUGAGGGGUUGUCAGUGAGGACGCUGUUGUCACGAGUGGCUCCAUUUGGAGUGCUGUGGAUCCUCACGAGCUACCUGUACCUUCAGGGUCUGCGGAGGAUUCCCCCAACUGACGCCUGUGCUCUUUUCUGCUGCACCCGCGCCUUCGUUUUCCUCAUCUCCUGGAUUGUACUCCGUGACCGCUUCAUGGGCAUCAGGAUCGUUGCUGCCAUUUUAGCCAUUGCUGGCAUAGUAAUGAUAACCUAUGCAGAUGGAUUUCAUAGUCCUUCUGUAAUUGGCAUCUCACUGAUUGUUGGAUCUGCAUCCACAGCAGCCAUGUACAAGGUUCUGUUCAAGCUGGUCUUGGGUAGUGCCAAGCUGGGGGAGGCAGCCCUGUACCUGACUGUCCUUGGAGGCGCUAACAUGCUAUUUGUCAGCAUUGUCCCACUCAUCCUUCUCCUCACGGGGGUUGAGGAUUUUGGCUCUCCUGGAGACGUCCCCUGGCUCAUUCUGUGUGGUGUGGCUGCUCUUCUGCUGGUGUUCAGCUUCCUGUUAAGUGUUGGCAUGUUGAUAACACUGCCCACGCUGAUUUCUUUGGGUGUUGUCCUGAGUGUCCCUUUAAAUGCAGUAAUAGACCGCUACAUGUGUGAGAUCCAGUUCAACAGUGUGCGUGUCAUCGCUGUGUCCAUCAUCUGCCUGGGCUUUCUGCUGCUGCUGCUGCCAGAGGACUGGGACCAGUGUGUGCUGCAGUUUCGCGCCAUGCUGAAUGAAAGAAAGAAGCCACAAGAGGGCACAAAAGACACAAACACAGAAACACUGCACAUCCAAACCAGCGAGGCCAAAAACUGCAACUCCAAAGAGUCUCAGUCACACUAAGCUGCUCUUCCAUUCUUUUCACGAGAUAGAUAAACACUGCAUUCCAAACCAUUUUUUCUCUGCGUCUGAGUGGAGGUGGGGUUCUGCCACAUGGAAAUAAAUGGCUUAGCCUACUUUGUCCUCCUGCUGAGUAGAAGAUGCUGUUGCAGUCUACAUCCAAGAAAGGACUUUUAAGAAAGGACCAUGCAGUACUAAUUUCAAGCAUCAUGUAUUUCCGCCAAAAGAUGAAGAAUGAGGUGGAUGCUGAGCUAAUUGAGCACAGAUUCUUUGACAAUGUGUCAGAAAAGCACCAGGCUGUUUAAUGAAUCAUCUUUCAUAUUUGAAAGUGGGGGUUAUUUCUGCACCUGCUGCAUUUCUAUUCUAUAUUAUAUUC